AUGCGCGUGCGUCUCGAGCGGACGGACGGCGUCGCGUCCCCCGGGGCUCACAAGUCGCGCGCCAAACUUCGCGACGCUAUCCCCGGCACAGACGAGCUUGAGAGCGCGGUGUCGCGCAUCAACGCCGCGCCCUGGGAGGAUCCCUUUAGCUUAGCUAUGGGCGAAUCCAUCACCGAGGAGGAGCAGGCCGGCACUCCGACCAAGCCGUCUACCCCGUCUGAGCAAUUCAAAUCUGGGGACGGCGACGACAGCGACGCAGAGUCGUUCCACGAGGUCGAGGACGAGUCGAGCAACAAAAUGCGUCUGGUCGCCAAGGCGCUGCAGGCGGGUGACGUAGUCGAGUCGGCGCACAACAUUGUGCGCAUUGUCGGCGUCGACGCGCUGCCCGGCCUGCUCAUUCUGGGGCGCAGGAACCUGUAUCUCAUUGACGGUCUUGUGCAGACGCCCGAAGGACAGGUCAUUGAGGCCGACCAUGCGCCGCGCGACGUACUCUCCAUCCCGAGCGGGACGCUGGCGGACCUGGACCCCAGCGACCAAAGAUCGCACCGGUGGACGUACGCCGACGUCGUCGAGACGAACAAGCGUGCUUUCCUGUUCCGCGACGUGGCACUCGAGCUGUACUUCGCCGACAAGCAGAACUUCCUCGUCGUGUUCCGCGACAAACGAGAGCGGCAGUCGGUCGUGCACAAAAUGGGAAUCAAAAGCGGUACUGCGCCGCGCGUGCUCAAUUCGUUUGUGCUCGACGCGCUCAGCCGCGCACUCGUCGACACGCGCGAGGCCCAGCUCGAGGGCAUGACGCGCAAAUGGCAGAACCGCGAGAUCUCCAACUUUGCGUACCUCCAGCUGCUGAACCAGCACGCAAACCGCACACCCAACGACGUGACGCAGUAUCCCGUCUUCCCGUGGGUUCUGGCCGACUACACGUCGCAGAUCCUCGAUCUGUCGAAGAAGACGAGCUACCGCGACCUGUCGAAGCCUAUGGGUGCACUGACUCCUGCUCGCCGAGAGGAGGCGCUGGAGCGGUACCAGGCGAUGGAGGGCGUGGGCGAGAAGCCGUUCCACUACGGCACGCACUACUCGAGCUCAAUGAUUGUGUGCGGAUACAUGAUCCGUUUGAGCCCGUUCACUGAGAUAUUCCUCGCACUGCAAGGCGGGUCGUUUGACCUGGCCGACCGGCUGUUCUCGUCUGUGCCCCGCGCGUGGGACUCGGCGAGCGCCACGAAUCGCGGCGACGUGCGUGAGCUCAUCCCCGAGUUCUACUACGCGCCUGCGUUCCUCAAUAACCUGAACCACCACGAUUUCGGGCGCAAGCAAGUGUCUGGCGACUUGGUGGACGACGUCGCCCUUCCCCCAUGGGCCCUCUCGGAUCCGCUCCUGUUUGUGCACAUGAUGCGCGAGGCGCUGGAAAGCGACUACGUCUCGCGGCAUCUGCCCGAGUGGAUCGACCUCACCUUUGGGUUCAAGCAGGGCGAUGCAGCGAGCUUCAACUGCUUCCAUCCCCUGAGUUACCGGGGCGCGGUGGACUUGGACAGAAUGAAGGACGACGCGGAGCGCGCGUCGAGCACGGCGAUUAUUCACAAUUUCGGCCAGACGCCGCUGCAGAUCUUCCGCACGCCACAUCCGCCUCGCUUCCUCAGCGGGCGCACGACGCUGCCGUGCGGCCAGCGGUUCGGCGUCGCCGAGCACUGGCAGAUGCUCCUGCGCUCCAUCAUCCCUAUUAUGGACGUCGCGUCGCGCGUGCACCACAUUCUCGAGAGUGACCGCGGCGAUGGCUCGCGACCGCGUGUCGAGCAGAAGCAUCGCCUCGCCGUGCCGGGAUACCCCGGGCUGAGCGUGCAGUAUGGUUUUGCAGACCAGAGUGUUCGCAUUUAUCACGCCGAGAUGGGCCAGAGACUCGUGUACAUCGUCGAGGGCAUCGACGUGACCCAUGCGGCGUUUGCUGCUCCCUCCCUCCUUGUGACCGUGAGCUCGCUCGGCGUGCUCACGGCCUGGCGGAUGGCCGUAAAAAACGGCGGCCUGCGUCGCGGCGACGCGAGCCUUACACGCGAGGCAACACUGCGCGGUGCCAACCGCGCCGUGACCUCGCUGGCCGUGAGCACAGCCUGGUCCUUUGUUGUCACGGGCUGUGCGGACGGCACAGCGCUGGUCUGGGACUCAAACCGGCUGAGAUACACGCGCGCGCUCAAGACGCCGCGCAACGAGCCUAUCGCGCAUAUUGGCAUCAACGAGGCGAACGGGCACAUCGGCCUCGCAUCAGCACACCACCUCUACAUGUUCAGCUUGAACGGGCACCCUGUCGCCGCGACGAGCGCGGACGGCGGCCGCUUCCCCGAGAUCAGAUUCAACGAGGGCGCGCGCGAGGCGCGCUCGUUCUCGGGCGGCAUCGCAUUCCUGCACCGCGAGUACCUCGCUUCGGGGGAUCUGCUGGUCGUCGGCGUAGGCCGCACGCUCGUGCUGUAUCGCUGCAUCCCGGGUGUACGGCGGUUCGAGGACCAGGACAUCGAGCCGUGGCGCCUCGUCAGACAGGGCGUGCUUUUCCGCUCCGACGACCAUGGGCAUGGGGACGUCACAGCGGUGAAGUUUGUAGGUGAAACGCUGUAUGCCGCCUUCGAGCCCGUGCCCCCCGGCCGCAAGCACGCGGUGUAUCAAUGGUCGCUGCCCGACGCAGGCCCUCCGCUCGUGCCGCAGCGCCGCGUGCCCGACUCGACGACCGUGUGCAUGGCCCCGGACUGCGGGCGGACCUUCGGCCUGCUGGAACCGCGGCGAUGGUGCGGGGGCUGCGGGGGCGCAUUCUGCGGCUCGCACGCGCUGCAGCUCGAGUUCUUUGAGCAGCGGUACUGCGAUGUGUGCCGCGAUCGGCUGGGCGAAGCGAGCGAGCUCGGCCUCGUGGGCCGCAGCCGCGUGGGGAGCCGCGCGGGGUCGCUUGACCCGAGCAGAGUCGGGAGCGUGGUGGGGAGUAGACGGCCGAGCGUUACGGAGAGGGGGCGCGAGAUGCCGGAGCGCAGGAGUAGAGAGCCGUCGCGCGACCGCGUGGCGCGCUCGCGGGAGCGCGCGCGGCGCGCGGAGAGCAUGGCCGUGUAG